UAGCCGGGUCUGCAGCCAUGGCGUCCGAGCGGCUGUCCAGCCGGCCUGCCUGUCUCCUAGUGGCCAGCGGCGCUCCGGAAGGUGUGUCAGCCCAGUCCUUCUUCCAUUGCUUCACACUGGCCAGCACUGCCUUCAACCUACAGGUGGCCACGCCGGGGGGAAAGGCCAUGGAAUUUGUGGAUGUGACUGAGAACAAUGCACGUUGGGUACAAGACUUUCGUCUCAAGGCAUAUGCCAGUCCUGCUAAGCUUGAGUCCAUAGACGGCGCCCGGUACCAUGCCCUCCUGAUACCCAGCUGUCCUGGUGCCCUGGCUGACCUUGCCAACAGUGGAUCCCUGGCUCGAAUACUGCAGCACUUCCGCUCUGAGAGCAAACCCAUCUGUGCCAUUGGUCAUGGUGUUGCUGGCCUGUGCUGUGCUACCAAUGAAGACAGGUCCUGGGUGUUCCAGGGCUACAGUCUGACAGGGCCUUCUGUGUACGAGCUCAUCAGGUCACCUGGCUUUGCCCGUCUGCCACUGGUCGUUGAGGACUUUGUGAAGGACUCUGGUGCUGGCUUCAGUGCCAGUGAGCCUGACGCUGUGCACGUGGUGCUAGACCGCCACCUGGUCACCGGCCAGAAUGCCAACUCCACUGUUCCUGCUGUCCAGAACCUGCUCUUCCUCUGUGGCAGCCGGUGAGGUUCCUGGAAGUAAACUUGGAUGCUUAGAUGUCCUGGUGGCCUAGAGACAGCAGCUCAACUCACUGUGGCCUCUUCUGCUGGUCCUUACCCAACGGGACACUCAAGCCUCUAUCUGAACCUUGUGGAACGCUGGAGGCCUCCAGGAAUUAAGACUUUUGGAGCAUUAGUUCUAAUGUAGAGGGAGCACCCCUCCCUCCAUUCCCAGCACACAGUGUGGAGCGUCAUGGCAGGCCAAGCAGUCCCUGAGAACUACAAAUUGAACAUUCCAAGAAGAAUCAUACAUGGAAAGUAGUCUGCUGUGGGGGUCUUUGGAUGGGGUGUUGCUCUUCCAUAGCCUUUUGGCUAUUCCUAUCCCUUUAAUCUACCCCCCCCCCUUUACUUUCUUUCUUUUUAUUUUUUUUUUAAGACAGUUUUUCUGUCGCCUUGGCUGUCUUGGAACUCACUUUGUAGGCCUCGAACUCAAGAGAUCCAUCUGUCUCUGCCUCCCAAGGACUGGGAUUAAACAGUGUAAAUUAA